UCGGGGCGCCGUAUCGGCCCGCGGUGCAUGUUGGGGCCGUCGCCUGGGACAACCAGGACCCCAAGCGUCCCAUGGCGGAGCCCAGCGGCCGCGGCGGUUGGAUGCGCUGGGCCUCCGCGCUGCCGAGCCCCGACUACUACGAGCGGGUGGCCCGCCUCCAGCAAGGGCUGCGGGACAGCGAAAAGAAGAGAUUGGACCUGGAAAGGAAACUUUAUGAAUAUCAUCAGUCUGAUAUAUUCAGAGCUAAGCUGAAGUAUAUAAAACUAAAGAAAUACCUGAAGGAAAUAUGUGAAUCAGAAAAGAAGGCUCGUAUUCGAAACCAAGAGUGUUUAAAACAGUUCGAGCGGAUCCAAGCUGACAUUACCGCAAGUUUAGAGAAGGUGCAACAACUGAAGAUUGAAUUUGAGACUCAAAUUAAGAAGAUGCAGCUAUUCCCAAAAGAUAGCCUGGGGAAAAAAGGUGAACUGAAAGAUGAAGACAAAGAAAAGGUUGUAAUGCUGGCAGAAAUUAACUCAGGGACAGCCAUGUCAAGAGGAUUGUAUCAGCCAGCAACCAUCUUUAUGGGCCGCCAAAUGUCAGCUUUCUCAGGCAUUGGAGAUUUCACUACAGAGCAGAAAUCUCCCCAACCCACAAAGAACUUUUCAAUUCCUGACCCACAUUCACACUGGCAGACAGCCCAGAGCAGUGAUGUGACAGACAGCUGUGUAGUACAAACUCCUGGUGACACACCGUGCUUAAAUAAGUCUGACAAAAUAGAUGGAAAGACAUCUCUUCAGAUUGGUGAGAAAACGCCAGUCACAGCCAGCGCAUUGUCUGAGGAGGAACAAACUCAUUGCUUCGAGAUAGAAAGCAACGCACGUCAGGGCAAGAGUAAUUUAUCUGAAAGCAAAAAGUCGGCCGAACUCCAUUCCCCGUUAGGGGAGAGAUUAAGUCCAGAGAACAGAACCACUGAUUUAAAGUAUGACAGUUCCAGGAGAUCAGAGAGAUCAGAGGGAGAAAUACUGACACUGGAGCAUAUUGAAGUCGAGGAAGAAAGAGCCAGACCGCCAGUCUCUCCGCUGUCAGACUCAGAAUCCUGUGCAUCUGAAAAUGAGUGUCCUCAAGAGAAGCCCCCUGCUGGGGAAGCUUCCUCAGAUCACCUUCCUUGCGGGGACCCGCAGUCACAAGAGCCCUUCAGAAAAAGCCAGGAAGAGCAGGAGGAGGAGAGUUUGAGCAGCAGCAGUGACCUCACAGUUUCUAUAAGCGAAGACGAUCUGAUUUUAAAGAGUCCAGAGCCACAGCCAAAUCUGGGAGGCAUGAUGGAGCAAGAAGAUGGAACAGAGACCUUAAAUGUAAUCCACUCUGAGCAAGAAAGAGAUGCCCCAUCCACCAGAAAACCUAACUGUAUUUUGCAAGCCCCAAGCACUCCUGAUUCACCAAAUGAAUGCUUCACUAACUUGCCAGCAAGGGAGUUUGAACAAGCACCAGCCUCAGGCUUAUUAAGGACACAAUCGGGUCAGCAUAUUGCCGCCCUGAAAGGACAUGAUACUUCUGUCCAAGAAGAGAAAGUAGGGAAGCAGUCUGAAGUUUUCCUGGUCAAUAGACUGGACCAGAGGACAAAGGCAACUGCGUUAUUGAAAAAAGAUCUCGCAGAAGAGCAUGACAACAGGUCGGCUGUCGACAGCAGCAAGUCAUCUUGCAGUUUGCCAUCUACUCUGAGUGAUGAAAAUGGAAUGAGGAAUGGAAAACCCACUCUGUGGCCCAAAGGUGUUCCUACAAGGGAACAAGAAGAUGAGAGCACCCAUGAGAGCACCGAAGAAAGUGUGGCAGCGAGGAUGCCCAUCACAGAAUCACAAGGGCUUGUUGGGGAACCAGGAAGUCCCCUUGUCUCCUGUCGAUCCCUGGUCUGCUCAGCGUUCUUUCCAGACACCCCUUGUGAAACGAAAGCCUACCAGAGGCUGAAGCAGUCUGCCCUCCAGGGCAGCACGCACCAGGCCAGAGAAGGAUUCCAAGAGGCCACGGCCCCCACGUCACAGCCUUCAGGUUUGAAAACCGGCAGCAGGACAUUCCAGACAAAGACAAAUCACAAAAUCGCUUCGGAAGCGAGUUUUUCAUCCAGCAAAGGGAGUCCUUUGUCAAGGCAUGAAAAUGAAGGGAAGCUAACUAACAAUUUAAAGUCCAAAGGCUUCUGGAGCGAAUCUGAUGAGAGCAACUCAGAAAUCGAAGCUGCUUUACGUCCCAAGAUACCAUAACACAUCCACCAAUGAUUUUGAUGAUUUUUAUGACUUAUAAGCUGUAAUAUCUGUUAGAAAUAAAGCCUUCAAACAAGCUAA